AUGCCUGCCCUUGACAUCAUCGAACUCAACACUGUCAUCUCAGUGUUUGGGGCCUUUAUUGUAUUAUUCGGGUUCUUGUCGGUCAAGCUCAAGCGCCAAUGGUACCUCGGUGAAGCCUUGCCGGCUGUCUUUCUGGGCAUCAUUCUCGGCCCUAUCGCCGCGAAAUUCAUAUUCCCAGAACGAUGGGGCUCCGCGUCGCCUGACCAAGUGUCGCCCAUCACUCUGGGCGUGAUGAGAGUCAUGAUCGGCCUGCAGCUCGUCAUCGCGGGAUACCAGCUGCCCGCCAAGUACGUGUGGCACCACUGGAAGGAGAUGGUCAUCUGCCUUAUCCCCGUCAUGGCCAUCAUCUGGGUGACGACGUGCCUCUGCGUGCUCGCCACCAUCCCCAACGUCUCGCUGCUCGCCUCGCUCGUUCUCAGCGCCUGCGUCACGCCCAACGACCCCAUCCUCUCGCAGGCCAUCGCCAAGGGCCCCUUUGCCGACCGCUACGUCGCCCGCCCCUUGCGCGAGAUCAUCUCGGCCGAAGCCGGAGCCAACGAUGGGUUCGCCUUUCCCUUCCUCAUGCUGGCGAUAUACUUUAUGCGCCACUCGGAGGUCCCAGACACGCCGGCUACGGGUGGCAUAGUUGCCCGUGCUGCCGAGGUGGGACGGCUCGGCGGCGGACCACUGCUCGCCCUGCAGAACUGGGUCGUCGAGACGUUGCUAUAUGUCGUGCUCCUGGCCAUGGUGUACGGUGCUGUGAUCGGGUUCUUGUCUGGCCAAGGUCUCAAGUUCUGCUUGAGAAGGAAGUGGAUUGACGAGGAGAGCUACGUGCUGUUCCCUACGGCCAUCGGUCUCUUCAUUGUCGGCACCGCAGGCAGUCUUGGUAUCAGUGACCUUCUCGCCUCCUUCUGUGCCGGCUGCGCGCUCAACUGGGAUGGCGAGUAUCUUGCUGAGACGCUCCGCCGCCAUGACGAGGUCAACAACUGCGUAGACGUCAUUCUCAACUUUGGCGGAUUCAUGUAUCUCGGUGCGGUCAUGCCGUGGGCCGAGUUCCACCAGCCCGAGACGACGGGCAUCACGCUACCGCGGCUGUUAGGCCUGGGCAUCAUGGUGCUCAUCUUCCGCCGCAUCCCGGCCAUCAUGCUGACCUACCGGACCAUGAAGAGCACCGUCACCGACUGGAAGCAGGUGUUCUUCUUUGGAUACUUUGGUCCCAUCGGUGUCGGUGCCAUCUUCUACGUGGAGCACACUCGUCUGCACCUCAUGCCCAGCCUAAACGAGGCCGACGAAGGUGAAAGAGUUCUGCUUAAUGCCAUUGCUCCAGUCAUCUACUGGCUCGUCCUGUUUAGUAUCGUGGUCCACGGCCUCUCGGUGCCUGCCCUGAGCUUGUUCUACAAGUACUUUGGCGCCAAGCGCAUCACCGACGACGCCGUCUCUGUCCGGCGCAAGAGCAUCCACGCGCCACGUCCAGCUAAUGCUGUAGAGGGAGACUCCGAAUAUUUCAUCGCGUUCAACCGCUUCUCGCGGCCCGUGUUCCCAGUGGAUCUGCCCAUGUCGAGGGCCGUGACGAGGGAGAAGGAGGAGAAUGGCUCGGACACGUCAUCGGAGUCAGUCGAGGAGCAAUGGAAGGAGGAUCAGAGAGGUGCUACCAUGGCAGGGUCUCAGCUAGGUGUGCCAAUGUCGAGAGCCGUGACGAAGGAGAGCGCGAGGUCUGCUCGAUCACCCGGUGUAGAGGGGAUUCAGUGGAAAGACCAGAGGAAUACCUGGGUGUGAGCUCGCGGAAGGUAGAUGGUCGGGAAUUGACUCUAGCCUCACUACCCAAGGAUAGAGAGAGCGUCAGAAGAAGCAUAAUUUGGCGAGAUUGGCGUUGGCUAGAUUUGCGCUAGUCUCUCCCCCGAAAGUUUGUGGUAGGAAACGCAAGACGAUACUUAUCCACG